ACGAUGUGUACGAUGUCUAUUCUUCUCUGAAAGAACUUGUCACAAGAGCUGCAGAAGCCUGCCACCUACUGGCAAGUGUCACCACCAGAUUCUUGGGUAAACAGUCGAACAGGUACUGUCAAUAGAAGCAGGUGAAACACGACGACGGAGGAAACCGGCAAUAUGGUUCUCGGUUCAAACCGUAUCUUCAAGAAAAGUGCGAUGGAUGGCAGUGUGACCGUCUACCUUGGAACAAGGGAUUUUGUUGAUUAUUUUACACACUGUGAUCCAAUUGAAGGAAUCGUUCUCCUGAACCCAAUGGCUGUCGAAAAUAAAAAUAUUUACGUGGGAAUUGUUGCAAUAUUUCGUUACGGUCGUGAAGAGGAUGAAAUUCUGGGAAUAAGUUUUUGUCGAGAACUCUACAUAACCCACAAGCAGAUCUACCCACGUGUUCUUGAACCUACUUUAACCCCUGGCGAUAACUCCACGCAACUUGGAUUAGCUGGUGGAUGGCUCCACGAAAAACUCCUUAAGAAACUUGGAGCAGAAGCAUUGCCUUUCCGUUUCGUUUUACCCACUGCUACGCCUGUAUCCGUGGUCAUGUUGCAGGGAGUGGAUUCUACAGACACGUGUGGUGUACGAUAUUACGUUCGUUGUUACGCCUCUUCUACGCCUUCUGAAAAACCAUCUAUUCGAAGUGUGGUAAACUUAGCCAUUAGAAAGAUACAAUACGCCCCUUCGUGGCGAAUAACAGGACAGCCAUCUGCUUCGAUCUCCAAAGACUUUCCACUUAGCUCAGGGAAAAUUUUCCUUGAAGCAACACUUGAUAAAAAGCUCUACUAUCAUGGGGAAGAGAUCAACGUCAGCGUACUUAUACAAAACUUCUCGCACAAGACUGUCAAACACGUGAAAGUCUCUGUGAUACAGAUAGCUGACAUUUGUAUGGUUUCAUCUGGAAAGUGGAAGGUUACUGUGGCCAGUCUGGAUAGUCA